AUGCACACCAUUGAACCUUUAAAUUAUUUCAACAUAACUACCCCACCACCACCGGCAGUAACGACAGCCGAACACUCUCCUUUGCGGACAUCAUGUUCCUCGCCCUACUCAAAGACCACUGCUCUCCAUACGGGAAUGCCCAAGAUGAAUGGCCAUACCCAACAUUAUAUGGCACCAUUCGCCUCUGCAACAACGGAUCUAACAUCGGAAGUUGCUGCUGGCCACACUAAUGAUGAUGUUGAAACCAGCAUCGAACAAUAUUUUAUGGAUCAAAUAAUGCCCAUUGAGUCGGUGGCCACAGUCACAAACAUCAAUGGCACAAUGCAUCAGGUCUCCCCCUCCUUAACCACCUCAUCACCAACAUCAUCUGCGAGUAUUGUCACUGCAACAUCUGGAAUUUCUUUAAGCAAUUCUACGAAAUCUCUCAUGUAUGCGACAAAAAUGGCACACAACACAUCCGACACACAUGGGCUGGAGGAGUAUACAUCAGCUGCCAAAAAGUUAUGUCUACCACCUACACCAUCAACAUUGUCAAGCAAUUCGACCGCAUCCUGUUCAUCAUCAUCACUGUCGCCUCAUAAGCUUUCACCUACAUCACCCACGACGACCACAGCCACUGCAGCAGAUAAUAUGAGUUGUUAUUACAUGGCGGCAGAGAUGCACUCCACAACUACUACCGGGGGAGUCUUAUCAUCACCUAUGGUGGCAGCAGAGACGACGUCAACGACACUAAGCACGGAGGCAGAUGCCGGCCCAGCAAUGGGACAUCAUGGUAAUGAAAGUGAUUUCCCCAACCU